AUGCGUCCGUUCCUUCCACAGAGUCUUCGCGCCCUGCGCACUCUCUCAGCCAAAACCACAUCCACCACCUCAGCCCGUUUUCUCUCUACACAGCUCCUUCGGCCUCAACCCCUCACUCGAGCUUCAAUCAUUGGCCAAGCGCGCUUCAUUAUUCCUUCAGCCGUCCGCCACAAUUCCACGGCCUCUCCUCUUACCGCUGAUACCGCCCAACCCGAAACCGACGCUGAGCGCGAGCGCAGAAAUGAAGAGCGUCGCAGUAAAGAAGAAGCCUACAUGAUUACCUUCACUUGCAAGCCAUGCGGUGAUCGGUCUUCGCACCGCAUGUCGAAGCAAGGCUACCACCGCGGCACGGUGUUGAUCCAGUGUCCGUCUUGCAAGGAGCGGCACAUCAUGAGUGAUCAUCUGGGGAUUUUCUAUGAUACGAAAGUGACAUUGGAGAGCAUCAUGCAAGAAAAGGGGGAGAGCAUCAUGCAUGGAAAGUUGAAUGGGAAUAUGGAAUUUUGGGAUGAUGGAACAGUGAAGAAGUCCGCUUCCAGAAAGAAGGCUACAAAGGGCAAUGAAGGCGAGGCCAAAUCUAAUUAG